UCUUUAUGAACCCUGAGUGUUAUUAUUAUUAUCACCACGAGCUGACGGCCUGUUUUUGUUUUGUUUAUUCGUCCUUCUUUGUAUUGUUUGAUGUGAUUUUGGUCCAGGGGUAAUGGCAUUCUUUGGUUAUUCUUACGCUCUAUACCUAUAUACUUUUUGAUUUUUAGCAAUCCGGGGAACCAAACAUGGACGAGGCCUCGACCGCUCCAGCUCCAGCCCACCAACCAUCCCAACCUCCGGAUGACGGACAUGGACAUUCGCCUUCCCUCGAAACUGCACGACAGGCAAAGAGAUCGUCUCUCCCUGCACGUCCUAAUGUUGCUUCUCGUCACUCAAAACGCCUCACUUUAAAUUUCCCAAUUACAGUUUCGCCGUCGAUUGGCCUCUCCCAAACACAAUCGGACCAAUUCUCCCCUGCCUCGAGUGUAAUGAGCCCGGCGACCCAGAAUUCCCUCAUUCCCUCCCCUAGACGUUCAUCUAUCUCCACGCCAGCACUGCUCUUGGAUACAAAUAAUAAUGGCUAUGACUUUCUUACUGCUUUGGCCGCCCAGGAGCGGAAAGUCCUUGAACUUAGAGAAGAACUCCAGAAGGCAGAGGCGGAGCUGGUGACGCUCAAACGCCAAUGGGCUCUGGCGGAGAAAGACAGAAAGAGAAUCGAGAUACAGCAUCACGCAGAACCCCUCAAGCCGCUAAAACAUCCCGAACCCAAUACUCCGGAUGGUUCAAAUGCUUCCCAGACCGAUGAGGCCACGACGGUUGCGAACCAGACCCAUGCGAGGAGCCGUGAGCUAGAUAGGAGACACGGCUACAGGAACUCACAGUCCUCAUCCCCGGGAGACCCUCCGUCCCCCGCAGUAUCAGCGAAAGGUAGGACGGUUUUCCGGGGCUCCAAACACACCAGGACGCUUUCAUUGCUAUCCGGUAAUAUGAACAAUGCGGAAUUGAAACACUCGUUUCCUCAGCCAAAAGAUGUAGACGGACAAACUCAAACUGCGAGUUCUCGACCAUCGAGAUAUCCGAGAUCUGCGACAUUACCCUCUGUUGAUCGCAGUGAUGGUAUAAAACCCGCGAAUGCACGCUGCGCCGCCCCUGCCACAGCAGAACAAAAAGCCCAGUGGCGCCGCACUUUGCCACCAAUCGCUCAAGACGUGACCGCAGAGGUACUUAUGAAAACAGGUCGACAAAUGGCCUCGGAUUUCAGAGAGGGCCUGUGGACGUUCAUUGAAGACAUCAGACAGGCUACAGUUGGAGAGGAGGGAAUCAACGGCACGGAGUCCCGGUCUACCGCACACGCCGUGCAGUCUGGCCAGCGGGGAACUUCAAAGAGGGAUGACGGAUCGGUAGCCUUGACAAGGACGGGAAGAUCCACAACCCCGCGGGGCAGAGUGACAAAUGCAAAUUCAACAUCCGGUAAUGAUUCAACGUCAAAAGCUCAAGAGAUAUCAUUUUGGAGUGAAUUCGGCAUUGAUACUCCUGACCAGAGGACAACAAAGUCCCCCCAAGACGCCGAAAACCCCAGCUGCCCCAGCAGAGGCAAACAACAGCCCCAGCAGGGGCAAGAUCCAGAAGACUCGAACCUUCUGGACGCAGAUGAGAAUUGGGAUAUGUGGGAUACCCCCAGCCAAUCGAAGGCUUCGCACACCCCGUCUUCCAGCAGCUCAACGUUCCAUUCUAACCGAGACCACUCUCCAUCCACCGAUGCCAGCAGUCCGAGCACUAGCUCAAGUUUCACGAACCACACAUCGCCGACCACUAAGGACGAGCAAAGCGCAGACUCCAACAAGACUAUAUCAGACAGCAUCCCGUGGCCCGCGCUCAGCAGAUUGCACCCGUCCAAGCUUACGCGGACGGCAUCCCACCUAAUGGCGGAGUGGGAGCGAAGCCUCACUCCCCCAGAAGAGCGACAACAACAACAACAACAAGCAACUGAAACCAACGGGGUUAGCAUCAGGGGCGCGAAGGAAGACUAAUGGUUAAUGGUUAACGUGUCUCUUAUGUCUAUUUGACUUUUUUUUGGUUCUUUUUUCAUUGUUUGCUCUUUCCUAUGUCACCCCUUUAAUGAAAUAACCUGCCCAUAUUCCGCCGCGGUUUACACCUUGUACAGAACUUGUAUAUAAAAAAAAGACUCCACGCGCACGAACCACAAACCCAAGCCAUCCGAUGUUACUUGUUAACCUUCUUUCUAUGAAUAUUUUUAUAAACUACCCACGAGGCCCUUUACUUUACACGAAUCAGGCAACACAAUGAAGGAAAUGGAGAAAAGAAGGAGGGAGAUGCCUAAUUUUCUCUGUCCAUGUAGAUAUAUACACGGGUCGCCUUCUAUCUAACGUGGUCCAUUCAUUUAUUUUCUAUCUGUGAUAUCUUCUUACUUUUUUUCUACUUUCUACUUUCACCAUUACUUUCCCCAAAAGUUUCCCAGUUUCAUCUUCGAUUCCCUCCCACCCUUACUUCCUUGAUUUCGGUGGCGCGUUGAGCUUUGCCUAGAUUCUAUGUGUAUAUUGGUUCAUGUACAGUGAGCUUGAUGUUGGACAAAGUUGGUACAUGAGUUUGGGGAGGUAUUUGUUUCCCUUCUGUAUAUAUAUUUAUGGGAAGUAUUUUACCCGGAGCUUUUAUUUAAUGAUGAUGAUAGAUUGUCACUUUCUUGCCCUAUCCUAUGCUGCC